AUGCUGCCUAGUGAUAUCGAUCUCUUUGGACGACAUACCGAUUGCUUCUUGGUGACAGACGAGAAGCCCACUGGUGACAAAGUCAAGCCCAAGUUUAUUUUGAAAGAUGCAUGGCCGGAAGCCACGGAGGACCACACCAGAGAUAGGCGAGACGAGGUUCAGUUUGUGCGCCGAAUCACGGAGGAAUUAGCAAACUCGGAUGUCGAGGACUUGUUUUAUCUGAAGUUCGAUGCUGGUGGCCGCGUUGUAAUUGAUACUGACCGGGGCCGAUUUGAGGAUAACACCAAGAACAUACUGGGCCCACUUUGCUCGAUGCACAUGCCAGACAGCACAGCAAUACCUUUCCGCGCACACAAGCGUUUAGUCAUAUCGCCAAUCGGGGAACCGCUAGGAACUGCUGAAUCUGUUCCAUGA